GUCGAAGGCGGCCUGGGUCUGAAAACAAUCCCAGCAUGGCCACCUCGUCGUUCCGCAUCUCGCAGCUGGCCGUUCCCUCAGUAUGUUUCCUGAUUAGCUUCCUCGCCUACGGCUCGCAGUACUUCUUCCGCCACUUCGAGCCGGCCCCCCUCCGCGACACCGAGCUGUGGCGCAUCAACAUCUUCGCCCUGUGCAUCUGGAUCUGCUACUACCGCACCUGCACCGUAGACCCCGGUCGCAUCCCCAAGGACUGGAGGCCGGUAGACAGUAACCAGCUGGAGGCCGACCGCAGUGGUCGCCACCGAUGGUGCCGUAAAUGCGAGGCAUACAAGCCUCCCAGGGCCCAUCACUGCCGGACUUGUCAGAGAUGUAUCCCAAGGAUGGACCACCACUGCCCGUGGACGUCGAAUUGCGUUUCGCACUUCACGCUCCCCCACUUCAUCCGGUUCCUGUUUUACACCGUAACCGGCAUGUCCUAUCUGGAAACUCUGCUGUAUGAGCGGGCGUCCAUCGUCUGGGCGUCUCGCAAUCUCCCCAGUUACCUGGGUCCGAGUGCCAUGCAGAUGGCCUUUCUGUUUGUCCUGCUGGUGUUGAACAGUUUCACGACUUUCUUUCUCGUCAUCCUGUUCGUCCGCACCAUCUGGUCACUGAGCAUCAACACCACGACCAUCGAAGAUUGGGAGAUCGAAAGACAUCAGACGCUCGUCCGCCGCGCUCGACACUUUGGCGGCUAUCUGACCGGCCCGGGGGGCGUGCGUGUGCGCAUCCAGAAGCAAGAGUUUCCGUACGACAUCGGGAUCUUGUCCAAUAUCAAGGCGGGGAUGGGCGGGAGCUGGAACAUCCUCGCCUGGUUCUCUCCCCUGGCCAGAACAUCCGACCGCAAGACGGGACUGGAUUUCGAAGUGAACGGGUUCGAAGACCCGAACGUAUUCUGGCCACCCCCCGACCCGGAUCGCAUCCCCGUGGCAGCCAAAAAGAACUACCGCAACGACCCCAGCGCAGCGUUCACACACACCGAGGGCAGCCUGCUGUCCGAACCCGUUCCGACCGCGGACCAGAAAGUCCGGCGUCGCAAGCGAUUCCACGAUCGAUUCAGCGAGCCCCAGAGCGAACCCGACUCGAGCAACGCCGGGGAAUCCCCGUCAUACAGCACCGAGUCCUCCUCCGACGGGGAGGAAGGCUGGCGAAACUCCGAAGGCGAACGACUGCGCGACUUCGGGGUGGAAGAGGACAUCGAGUUCUACGACGAGGAAGACAUCCCGCUCGCGAUCCUGAUGCAACGGAGGGCCGACCACCAGUAA